CGUGUAAUUUAGGAUUGUAAAACUUCAUAAGCCAUUUUGUGCAUUGUUCAAGCAGCUGUGUGAAAGUAUUGCUUAUCAUUUCGUUUUGAGAUGUCAAAACUUGGUUAAUUACCAUUGUUGAGUAUACGAGUUUUGACGGAAACGUGUGAUUAUUAAAAAACGACAAUUUCAAAGCAUUAUUGUAUACGUAAUUGAAAAAGUCUUCUACAGAUUUUGUAUAACAAAGAACUUUCAAUAUCUUUUAUUAACCUUGGCCUGAUCGUCAUAACAAUCAUGAUUGAAUAAAAAUGAAAGCAUUGUGCAAAACUAAACCAAACCACGUAAUUUGUAUGGAUUAGAUUAUUUCAUUUUAUAGGAUUUUAUGAAUGAUUUUGAUGUACCUAAAGUUGAGAUAUUGGAUCGAAUAACAAUGUAAAAUGUAUAAUAUGAUGCAUCUGCCUUUUGUUGGUACAUUAUAUUAAGAAGUGUGUUGAUCCUGUGUAUUAUUGUGUACACAUUAUUUUGGCAAUUUAACUUAUCAUAAUGAAUAACGAACAUCAAAAUAUUGAAGAUAUGGAGUCAUCGCCAGCAGUUUCAUCUGAUCUUCCAAAUUUUAGUAAUCCGUGUGUGAAUACAUGGAUAGAAAAAAUGAAUAAAGGAGUGUUAUCGUGUAAUCAUUUUAAGGAACACUGGAGAAUUUGGGUUCCAAAAAUAUAUAGUCCAGAACCGGAUAGUAAUUGCUUAGACUGGAAUUUUGAUGAGGAGAAGGCACAAAAAGUACUUUAUAAUACCUUAGAAGAAUUUAUUUGUAACGGAGAUCCGCAGGUAGUACUAAAACAGAUAAGUCAAACGGAUAAUGUGAUAUGUGGUAAAGUAUUCAAAAUGGGAGAAGCUACAUACAGCUGCAGAGAAUGCGGCGUGGAUUCAACAUGUGUCUUGUGCGUGGAUUGUUUCAAGCAAUCAGCUCAUCGUAAUCAUAAGUAUAGAAUGGGCACUUCUUGCGGUGGUGGAUGUUGCGAUUGUGGAGAUAUAGAAGCUUGGAAAAAAGAACCAUUUUGUAAUAUACAUUUAGCUGGAAUUCAGGCUAAAGAAGCUCGUGGAAAUAAAUUACCUGGAGAUAUAGCAGAAAGAGCAGUAGUAGCUUUUGAAGCAGUAUUAAGGUACUGCUAUGAAAUAUUGUCUUUAGAACAUACACCAGGAUUACCUGCUGAUUUAUGUGUUAAAGAAACGGAUGAUAAUCCUUUGUCACUGCCAUCGACUUCGGAUCAUUAUUGUACAGUUCUUUUUAACGAUGAAACUCAUACGUUCGAUCAAGUAAUUGCUACCCUAACACGUGUUAUGAAUUGCUCCCAAAGAGACGCAUUAGAAUUUGUAACAAGCGUCGAUAGAGAUGGUAGAGCUGUUGUUGAAUGCUCAGAUUUUCAACGUUGUAAGGAUUUAAAAAAUGAUAUUGAAAAAUUUACUUCAAGACAUAAUAAUCGAGCGUUAAAAGUACUCGUAGUUCAUGUUCAUGUAAUUGCUCAUCAAAUAUUUGCUAUGAAGCUUUUGCAUUGGUUACAACAAUUUAUAAGUCCUUGCGAGGGAUUCAGAGUGCUUUUUAGUAACGUUGCACUCAAUACGAAAUUACCAGUUAUUUCUAUCGUCGAAGGCAUACUUAUGAGAGAUUCACAAUUAUGGAAAUCCGCAAGAACCGCUUGGCAUAGAUUAUUAAUGUCGGGAAUGCUUAUGGAAUAUGAAAGCAAGAAAGCUUUUGCAAUUGUGUUUACUUAUAAUUAUGGUUCUGUUAUGAAAGAUUACAUCAGAGAUGAUCACGAUCAUUCAUUCUCUAUUGUUUCUUUCUCUGUACAAUUAUUUACAGUUCCAACAUUGGCGCAUCAUUUAAUUGCCCAUCACGACGUAUUGUUCAUCUUGUUAAAUACAUUUAUUUCGGAAAGUUCACGUAAAUGUAAUGCAGCAGGAAAAUUAGAAUUUGAAAGAGAUACUCCUAAUACUACUUUUAAAAGAGCUCUAUACAUGCUUCAGGAUCUACGAUAUUUACUGAGUUACAAACCAGAUGUUUGGACGGAUGAAUUAAGAAAAAGUUUUUUACAAGGACUUUCACUUUUACUCACGUUGCUUAGCAGUAUGCAAUGUAUGGAUGCUGUAGUGAGACAAGUUGGUCAGCAUAUGGAAUACGAACCUGAAUGGGAAUCUGCAUUCAAUUUACACAUUAGAUUAUCUCCAGUUAUUAGUUUGGCACUACAGUGGUGUGGUUCAGAUCAAAUUGUUUUGAUAAAGGCUUUUAGACUGGUUCUAAGAAGAUUAUAUGAACAACCAGGACACGAGAUCGGACCCCCUCAAGUGCGAGAGUUAGCAGAUCACAGUGCAACAUGUCUUCAGUACGAUGUAUCUUCUGAACCAGUAUCUAUACAUCUACCACUUUCCAGAUUUUUAGCUGGUCUUUUUCCAUACCUUGAGAAACAUGAUUUACAUUUUCAAUGUGCAGAAUUUAUAAAUCAUACAAAACCUACAUUGGAGCAAAUUAUUGAACCUGUACUAGCUACUCAAGUAAUGAUUGCACAAGUACAUAGCGGUAUGUGGAAAAGGAAUGGAUAUUCUUUAUUAAAUCAGUUAUAUUUCUAUCAUAAUGUUAAGUGCCGUUCUGAAAUGCUGGAUAAAGAUAUUAUUUUACUUCAAGCUGGAGCAUCUUUGAUAGAAAGCAAUGAAUUUUUAAUUCACGUUUUAAACAAAUUUAAUCUUCUACAGUGGGCUAGUCCAGAUUUUGAUGUCAAUGCUGUGAAAUAUCUUGAAGAUGAGAGUAUUAGACAAACUUUAGUUGAAGAAUUUUUAGGAUUACUUAUUACAAUAAUUGGAGAGAGAUACGUACUUGGAGUUGGACAGGUUACUCCUGAUGAUAUCUUGAAAAAAGAAAUAAUUCAACAAUUAUGUAUUAAACCUCUUUCUCACUCUGAGCUUACUAAAACAUUGUCGGACGAUACACAUUGGGAAACUGAAAUGGAAAAAGUAAUACAUGAUGUUGCAGAUUUCAAAAAACCUUCAGGAGCAUCAGGAGCAAAAGGAGUGUAUGAAUUAAAACCUCAUUUAUAUUCAGAAUAUAAUGUAUUCUUUUAUCAUUACACAAAAGAAGAGGUAAGUAACUCUGAAGAGACACAAAGAAAACGAAGGAAAGCAUUAGGAGAAUUGGAGUGUUGCCCACCUCCUAAGUUACCUAAAUUGACAGAGGUAUUUAGUUUAGUUACUAAUUUAUUACAAUGUGAUGUCAUAUUACAUAUAAUGAAAAUUGUAUUAGAGAGAGCACUUAAUUGUAGACCUCGCAGAUUCUCAGAAUCUCAGAUACAUAAAAUUUUACAUCUUAUCGGAUAUGCUUUACAAGAACAAGAAUCUGGUUACUACCCCUUCUUUGCUUUUACGGCAAGAGCCGCUAAAUGGAACAUUUGCAAAUUGUUGGAAGAUUUAUCUAACAGUCCACGCGUAGAGGCGUACAAAGAUUUAUUAACUUGGGUGUUAACAAAAUACAGGGAAGUCGCUGGUUAUACAUCAAUGGAAGUUACCACAGCUGCUGCACUCUGCACAGAAUCUACAACUGAAAACGUUGAAAGUGAUAAAGAAUGGAGAACCAAAAUGGCAGCAGAAAAGCGUGCAAGAAUAAUGGCACAAAUGGCUGCUAUGCAGAAACAUUUUAUGAAAGAGAAUGCUGAACUUUUUGAAGAAGCUUCUUUAGAUGUGAAUAAAUCUAAUGACCGAGAUUCUAAUAUUAAUUUAAGCGAAUGUUCUCAAAAAACACCUGUUGCUGUUGGUAUUGGACAACCAGCAAGAAUGUCUGAAGAAGAAACUUAUAAAACUUGUAUUUUGUGUCAAGAAAAUCAAGCUGUAACAGCGACUGGACCAGCAAUGGUAUUAGCUGCAUUUGUUCAGCAAUCUACAGUACUUUGUCAAAAUAGAGCUACACUGAUGAAUACCGAUGAAUCAAACCCGUUAUAUCUUUCUUCAAAAUUAGGAGCAUCACCGCAUACUAGUACCUGUGGUCACGUAAUGCACGUUCAUUGUUGGCAAGAAUAUUUUAAUAACGUUCUUGCUAAAGAGAAUAGAAGACCAUUUCGUUUACGACAACCUGCAGGUUUUGAUGUCGAGAAACAUGAAUAUCUCUGUCCACUUUGCGAAUGUCUUAGUAAUACUGUAUUACCUCUCUUACCAGCCUUAGGAACGUUACAACCAACUCCUCAGAAUCAACCUGAACUUGACUUUGGUACAUGGUUGGAAGCUUUAAAAAUCACAGAAUGCAAUCCAAGUGGAAAAUUGUACAAAGCGCAAUCUAGUAAGGAGAACAACGAUUUUGUAUGCCCGAUUUGUGUGAAUACUAAACCAUUAGGUUCUCUAGACGAUGGAUCACUUUUAUGUCCUACAAAAGCUAUUCGUCACGAACUUGGAAAUGUAGCAACAAUUUUUGAAUCAGCUUAUGGACAGUCGGGUGUAACUCUAUCUGAAAAUUUAAUAUCUACAAUUCAUUUUUUUGCACAAGCAACAUACGCAAAACAAUUUGGCGCUGAGCCUCAUGAAGGUGACUCUAGAGUACCAUUAUUGGCAUGGAAAUCAACAGCAUAUAGUAUUCAUGCUAUAGAAUCUCUUCUACAGGAUAUGGAUAAACCUUUAUUCGGUGCUUUGUCAUCUAGACAAAGGGACAACUUAGAAGGACUUGCUAGAAUUUCAGCUGUUUUAGGAUCUACAUGUGUAAAUGGUGCUAGUACAAAUUUGACAUGGGCAGAUAAAGAUACUAUUGGACGACACGCUCUUUCUCUUUUAACGUUAUUAUUAAAGAAUCCAGACGAUGGAGCAAGUAUUUUAGAUUGGGAUCCAUUUGGGGUGCUUAUUCCUUUAAUUAAUUCACUGCCAAGCCUAUUUAGUACAAAAUUUGAUAUGCCACCAUCGAUAAUCACCGGUGGAGUAUGUGAAUUUUAUGCCUUGCAGCUUGUAUUUAUAUCUCAUAUAGUGCAAAUAUUAUUAACAUUAGAGUUUAACAAGGAAAUGGAUAUAGACGAUGAAGAUGAAUCUGAAAAUACGUACUCAGAAUCCAUUCUAAUAAUGGCUCAAGCUUUAAACAUUAAUGUUGGCACUCAAACAGCUGUUACUAUGUGGAAACAAGUAAAAGAAGCUUGUUUACCGUUUCUUAGAUGUUGUGCACUUUACUUUCAUUAUAUAACUGAUGUUCCAGCACCCGAGGAAUUAACUAAAGUAUAUGGAGCUACGUAUGAGAAUAUCUGUGCAUAUUUAGGAUUACCCACAACAUGUGAUGAAUUAGUAAAGCCAAAUUUAAAUAUUAUCAUAAAGCUGAUCGAUAUUUGGAAAAGUCAUCCCACUGUUCAGAUGCAUUCGUCUGGUACUAGAACAGUAACGAUAAUAAAAAAAUCUUUGAAAGUUAACAAAUUAGUGGAGCUUCCAGAGGAUUAUAGUGAACUGAUAAAUAUGAUAUCUUCGUUCACAUGUCCCAAUAGCGUUCGUGAAGAUUCUAAGACUCCGACUCUGUGUCUCGUUUGCGGAGAAAUGUUAUGUUCUCAAAGUUAUUGUUGCCAAUUUGAAUUAAACAAUGCAAUGGUUGGUGCGUGUACAUAUCAUGCAAGUAAAUGCGGCGCUGGUGUAGGAUUGUUUCUACGAAUACGAGAAUGUGAAAUUCUCUUCUUAAGAAUUCCAAAUCGUGGCUUUUUUGCUUGCCCGCCUUAUCUCGAUGAAUACGGAGAAACGGAUCAAGGUUUACGAAGAGGAAAUCCAUUAAGAUUGUGUCAUGACAGAUACAGACAGUUGAAUCAAUUGUGGUUGGGGCAUGGACUGUAUGAAUCCAUAUCAAGGGCUAUCGAAUCUUCAAGUAGUCCUAUAUCAACACGAUGGCAGCAUUUAUAACCAUCCUAGGAUUUCCUAUGCAAUCUAGCCCGAGCGUUUAGUUAUGGAUACUAAAUCAAUAUUUAGCAUAAACAAUCAUAGCUAUUCGUACUGUGGUUGUUGAUUAUCUGUUUAAUCAUCACGAUAAACUGAUGAAAUUAUUUAUUUUGAGAACAGAGCGAGGAUGACGUUAUAUAUUUAAAUGAUUCGAUAUUAAUCUCGUUGCAACUUUCUUUUUAGAUUAUUUCAGAGUUUACAGAAUUUUCUAUUAUUGUGUAAAUUAAAUAUAAAUUUCUUUAUAAUUAUUGACAAAAUGUUGUACCAAUUUUGUUACUUGCAGAAAAUUAGUUUUAAUGUCAUUCAAAUAAUUGUCACAUUGUUUAAAAAAAAAAAAAUUAUGAAAUCUUGUGAAUAAUUCGAUUUGUAUAAAUGAGAAACAUUUUAGUCAUAGCUAUUUUAAGGUAUUCUUAAUGGUUAUCAUCAUUUUUCUUGUCAUUUUAUGCAAAUGUUAUAAGCUAUACUUAAAGUAUUUCAUGUCAUAAACUGUUAUAAAUUUAGAAAAGUUAAAUACAUAAAAAUUUGAAAGUAUGAGUUACAAAUACAAAUAAUUUUACAGUCACUAACUUUACAAUAAUAUUUAUUUGAUUUUUAAAUUUCCUAAAAAGUAAUAUGUUGCAGCAUAAUAGAUAAAUAGUGAAGAAAUAAUAGAUAUUGAAAUGAGUUUUUAAUAAUUCAAAUAAAUAAUGUGACAUAAUGUUUGUUUUCUUAUUGCUAGUCUUUUAGUUCGAUACAAUUUGAUACAAUAAAGUACAUAAUUUAACGAAUCUCUUUCUUGCAUAAUAUUAACAUUUUUAUAUUAAUUAGAUUAGUUCUCUGCUUCUACUACAACAUUGUAUUAACUUGUAUAUUAUACAGUUAUUUAAUAUAGAAUUAUUUAUGUAUAAGUUUAUAAUGACAGGAAUAGUAUGUAAAUAUUAAUUAUAUUCUUGAUCAAUUUAACAAGUUUAAAGUCCUUACACAAAAAAUACAGAUGCGAAUAUUCUCGGUCUUAUUUAUGUGCGAUAGAUUUUGAUAAAAAUUAUUUAUAAACUGAUAAUAAUAUGUAAAAUGUUUAAGGGAGUGAUUUCAGAAAAGAUUUUUAUUGUUAAUAAUAGAAUGCAAUGCAGUUUUAAUCAGACUUGUAUGUUUAAUGUCUGUUUAUUUUGAUAUUGUAGGAUAGAAGACAGUGUACUACAUUGACCCAUCAAUAUAUUUUUAGUUGUUAUUUAUUUCAUUUAAAAACAUUAAGUGAACAUUUCUGAUAAAACGUAAAGUGAUAUUUCAUCUUCUAAUGGAUUGUUUUACCUAAUGCUUUAUUGUAUUAAUACAUUUGUUUUAUUUCUGAUUAAUGGAAAGAAAUAUAUAAAAAGU